AUGCCAAGUACUGCUCAUCCUUACAUGCCGAAUAGGAAUGCUCUCCGGCAACAAAUUAAGCGUAUUAGAAGGGAAAAUACGCCAUCUCAACCUCAAUCAUUAGAAGAUUUAAUAAUUCCCAAUUCAUUGAGAACUACGAUUGGUGGGGAGUUAUUUUUAAUCAAAGAUUCAACCAUUGACGAUGAAAAACUUCUACUAUUUUGUACUAAAAAUAAUACUCAUUGGCUGUCACAUGCUCGUUAUUUAAUUAUGGAUGGUACUUUUUGGACAGUUCCAACAAUAUUUAGACAGCUAUAUACCAUACACGCACCUGUAGGGGGAGACAAUUUUCGAGUUUUUUCUCUAGCAUAUGCUUUAAUGUCAUCAAAAUCUGAAACCCUGUAUACACGUCUUUUUCAAGACUUAAUUGAUUUUUGCGAAGAUAAUGGUGAGCAACUAAAUCCAUAUUGUAUAAUGACAGAUUUUGAACCGGCAGCAAUAAAGGCAUCAAAAGCAGAGUUUCCUAACGUGAAAAAUAAGGCAUGCUUUUUUCAUUUAUCUCAAAGCACUUGGAGAAAAAUUCAAUCAUCUGGCUUGGUGAAUUUAUAUGAUACAAACGAAGAGUUCAGUUUGAAAAUAAGACAAAUGCUUGCCCUGGCUUUUAUUCCAUCUCACGAUAUACCAGCAGCAUUCGAUGAACUUAAAGCGACAUUUCCUCCUGAAGCUGAAGAAGUUGUCCAAUGGUUCGAAGAUAAUUAUGUACAUGGCCGGAUUCGUCGCCGAAACCAAAGAAAUGGUAAUAUUAUAYGCACAGACCCACUUUUUCCGCCCAAACUUUGGUCUGUAUCAGAAUUAAUGGACCAUGGAAYUCCUAGGACACAAAAUAUUGUCGAAGCUUGGCAUCGACGUUGGUCGACUUUGGUUGGUAAACCUCAUGUUGGAGUCCAUACAAUGAUUGAAGAGCUCAAGAAAGAACAGCAACGAGUUUACUUAGAAAUUGAAAGUAUUAAUCGUGGAGAACCACAACCGAAACAGAAGAAACAAAUAAUUGACAGAGAGAAACAAAUAAUGACGGUAUUUAAAGAGAGAUCAAAUAGGAGUGUUUUAGAUUUUUUACGGGGCUUGGCCCAUAAUAUAUCGAUGUAG